AUGUUUACUAUUGCAUCUGUUCAGCCGCAGGUUGCUGCAGCCCUUGCUCAGUUUUCCUCUCUUCUAAAUGGAGCGCGGGCCUCCUCAACAGACAGUUUCAGUGGAAGACAACGUCGCAGAAAACAGCACAGAAAAUCUAGGUCUAAUAAGGAUGAAAGAACAAAUAAUAACCAUGCAAACCAGGUGGAACAGUUGAUAAGUCUUUUGCACUUAGAAGAUUUGCCCAAGAACUUGUCAGCCCUCGAGUUAUGUCCCUUGACCUGCGGUCCUUCGACAGGAAGACUAGGGGUGGACAGCUAUGUCUCCUCACCUACAUUCUUUGAAAACAAAUAUGGUUUUGAGGAUACAAGUUUUACAAGACCUGCACCAGUUGUUCUUUUGCCAUGGUCAUCAGAACCAAAACUCCUACUGCGAGGACAUAAUAAUCUUUGGUACACCCAGAAUAGACAUUUUUAUAUCAAGAGAGAAGGAGGUAGUAAAUCUGGAGGUAGAUACAAUGACAGUGAGAGUUUAAAAGAGAUUAAGAAGACUGUGGAAAAUCAACAGCUUCUUCUGAAGGAACUGUUUAAUCAGAACUCGCGCCAAGUCUCUCAGCAAAGCAAGCAAGUACUGAACAAGGCUCAGAUACAGAGUCUGGAGGAGAAGUACCAGACUUUGACUGCCCAGGUCAAGACACUGAGUACCAACAAAAAGUCCAAGCUGAGUAACGUGAUCCAGAUCCUGAGCUACGCUGCGGCCAUCAUAGUGCUCACCAUCAUCAUCACUAGGAUGAUGGGCUCCAAUCUGAUGCCAAACAACAACAAGAUGUUUACUGUGUUCACAAAGGACAUGAUCAAGGAAAAGUUCAAUGAUGUCCAUGGAAUGGAUGAAGCCAAAGAAGACAUGGUAGAUGUUGUCAAGUUCCUGCAGAAUCCAGAGGCAUUCGAGCAAGUUGGAGCCAAGAUCCCAAAAGGAAUCCUGUUGGAAGGUCCCCCUGGAGUUGGGAAAACCAUGUUAGCCAGGGCUGUAGCAGGAGAAGCUGGGGUGCCAUUUAUUUCUGCUUCUGGCUCCGAAUUUGAUGAAAUUUUCGUUGGAGUAGGUGCCAAGCGAGUGAGAGAACUUUUCAAUACUGCUAGACAUCUUGCCCCCUGUAUUGUAUUCAUCGAUGAGAUUGACAGUCUGGCCUCUAAGAGGUCGUACGGACCAUACUCUCCCCCGGCCUCCAAUCAAAGCAUCAACCAGCUACUGACUGAGCUUGAUGGGUUUCAGAAAACAAAUGGAAUCAUUUUGAUUGCUGCCACAAACAGAAAAGAUGUUCUUGAUCCUGCCAUAUUACGACCAGGACGCUUAGACUUACACAUAUCUGUAGACAAACCAGACUUACAGGGGCGAGAAAAAAUAUUCAAGCAAUAUCUAAGCAAAGUGAAGAGAGAUUCAGAUAUCAACAUUACCCAUGCAGCUCUGAAGACUAUUGGACUCACAGGAGCAGACAUCAGCACUGUUGUGAACCAGGCGGCCCUGAAAGCGGCCAAUGAGGGAGCCGACUGUGUCAACAUGGGACACAUAGAGUACGCCAUAGACAAACUCCUCAUGGGAGCAGAGAAAAAGACUCGAACACCCGAUGAGGAGGUGAACUGGACCACGGCCAUUCAUGAAGCCGGCCACACCAUUAUAGGGAUGGAAACGCCCACCCUUCAGAAACAUGUGUACAAAGUCACCAUCAAAAGUCGCAACCAGAGCCUGGGACACACCCAGUAUCUACACAAGACAGAACUGUAUGACAUGAGUAAGGCCCAGCUCCUGGCCGAGUUAGACGUGUGUAUGGGAGGGAGAGUGGCGGAGGAGAUAGUGUUCGGAACCAACAAAGUGACCACAGGGGCGCACAGUGAUUUAAAGAGAGCCACAAGCUUAGCCAAGGAGAUGGUGAUGAGUUACGGAAUGGCCGACUCGAUUGGGGCGCGUGUAUACAGUGAAAGUGACCUACAGACACUCAGUUCUCACAUGAAGAAAGAAAUUGAUGACGAGAUCAACAGAAUUCUGGAGGAAUCAUACAACAGAACAAAAAAAGUGCUGAUAAAGAAUAAAGAAAAGGUGACAAAGCUAGCAGAAGGACUGAUGAAGUACGAGACUCUGGACAUGGAGGAAAUCAAACUGAUUGUCGAAGGAAAGGAAGUUGUAAGGACAUGACCAAUGCAUUCUGGGAUAGGAUAAGAAGAAAUAUUUUUUAAUACCUGGUGAUGAUGUCCUCUCACUGAAAGACAUAUGUGGGAGAAUUUUUUUAUUUUGGAUGUUGCGAUUCCUUGCAAAGACAUUGAAUGAUAUGGUUUGGGGGAUUCACCCCAUGCAGAUCAAAUUGCAAAGUUCAUAGAUAUAUUGACAAUGGGACUUGCAAAAAAAAAUGUUGUUAAUUUGUUUUUUAAGUUAAUGAAAAUUAAGCGAAUAAUAAAAUUAUUUUCAAAAUGAAGUCCUCGUUGAAAUAUAGCUACUAGUCAGUUGUGAUGUAGUUGUGAAAAUGUUUCCAAAUAUGUGUCUCGUUACAUUUUCAUUUUAAUAUGGGUGAAUCAUGUUUGAUUAUCUUUACAAGUGCACAAGUGUAGAGAAGUUUAUGACUGGAAAUAAUGCUCUAGACUAAGUAUGAAAAUAUUCAAUAUCUUUCAUAUUUUCAAUUUCAAGGAUUUGUCAAUCUGCUAAUUGUCUGUUUAAGAGAGGUCUAGCCACACUGGGAUGCCAGUUUAUCAAAUUAAAAAAAAAAGUUUGAUCAAUUCAAGGAUAUUUCAUCUUUUCGUUGAUUUUUUUUAAAAGCAUAAUGGUUUACAUUUUUGGUUUGAAAUAAGACAUAAUUAGCCCAUUCUUGGUUUGUGUAAAUCUGUGUUUACUGUAAACUUUGAGUUAUUUACUUCCAAACCAUUAUGAUCAUGGUUUAAAUACAUGUGAAACAUGUAAACCAAACUUUUCAUUUAUAAUGUAAUACUGAAAGUUUUUAAAAUUAUUUUGUAUUAUCUGACAUGCAAAGUAAAUUCUUGGCCAAGGAUAGAUUUUCAUCAAUGUCAAAUUUUCUUAAAAUUCUAAAUGUAAAGGAAAAAAAAGAAAAAAGGAAAAACAAUUAAACAUUUUAAUUGUUGAAUAGAUUAUGUAAUAUGUAAAUUUAUUAAUGAACAUAUGUAAUGUGGUAACAUGCACAUGUAGGUUUCCUCACAUACAAUCAUAUAUCUUGCUUACUUUGAUCAUGGAUUCUUCAUAGUAUAAAUUAACAUGUGGCUUUUUGUUACAGAAUCAUUUUAACUACUUGUUACUGUGCAUGUAUUGUUGGAAGAAAUAAAGGAAUUGAAAACCCAA